AUGCCCCCUCAACCCCAAGAUCAGAAGAAGAGUAAUGAGAAGAAGGAAAUAGGGAAUAUUCAAAUUUUGCCAUUUUACAAGCUCUUAAGCUACGCUGAUUCAUUGGACUGGGCACUCAUGGUACUAGGGACCUUAGGUUCUAUAGUCCAUGGCAUGGCUCAACCUGUCGGGUAUUUCUUGCUAGGAAGAGCCCUUGAUGCUUUUGGGAAAAACAUGAACAACACUGAUGAAAUGGUUAAAGCUCUUGACAAGGUUGUCCCAUACGUGUGGUACAUGGCUUUCGCCACCUUUCCGGCUGGAAUACUAGAGGUUGGAUGCUGGAUGUAUGCAAGUGAAAGACAAUUAGCACGGUUAAGAUUAGCAUUCCUGGAAGCAGUCCUCAACCAAGAAAUCGGAGCUUUUGAUACCGAUUUAACAACUGGAAAAAUCAUCACUGGAGUUACCAAUCACAUGAGUAUCAUACAAGAUGCAAUAGGCGAAAAGCUGGGCCAUUUUCUGUCAAGCUUUGCGACCUUCUUCUGUGGAAUCUUGAUCGCAGUCAUAUGCUCUUGGGAAGUGGCACUGCUGGCCCUAUUAGUUCUUCCUAUGAUUCUCGUGAUUGGCGCUACCUACACCAAGAAAAUGAUCACUAUUUCAGCAGCUAAAAUGGUUUACCUCUCUGAAGCAACAGCCUUGGUUGAACAGACCAUAUCUCAAAUCAAGACAGUUUUUGCAUUUGUUGGAGAGAGCCGUGCAAUUAAGUCUUUUUCAGAGUGCAUGUCCAAGCAGCUUUCUCUCAGCAAUGGGGAAGCAUUGAUAAAGGGAGUUGGAACAGGAAUGUUCCAAACGGUGACGUUUUCUUCUUGGGCACUGAUCAUAUGGAUCGGAGCCAUUGUAGUCAGUAACAACAAGUCAAGUGGAGGAAAGGUCAUAGCUGCAGUUAUGAGCAUUCUCUUUGGAGCCAUAUCACUCACUUAUGCUGCUCCAGACAUGCAAAUUUUCAAUCAGGCAAGAGCUGCAGGUACUGAAGUUUUCCAGGUGAUUCAUAGGAAGUCACUCAUAAGCCAUAGGUCAACGGGGAAGACACUGGAUAAAAUUGAAGGAAACAUCGAUAUAUGUGAUGUACAUUUUGCAUACCCAUCCCGUCAGGAAAAUUUAAUCCUCAAAGGCUUUUCAUUGCCGAUCCCUGCUGGUAAAACGGUGGCAUUAGUUGGCAGUAGCGGUUGUGGAAAGAGUACUGUUAUUUCCUUAGUUGAAAGAUUCUAUGAUCCUUUGAAAGGGGAGAUUCUCAUCGACAAACACAACAUCAAGGAUCUUGAUUUGAAAUUUCUUCGAAGGAACAUUGGAGCAGUUUCUCAAGAGCCGUCCCUUUUUGCUGGUACCAUCAAGGAUAACUUGAAAGUAGGAAAUAUGGAUGCUGAUGAUCAACAGAUUCAAGAUGCAGCACUGAUGGCAAAUGCACACUCAUUCAUUGCCCAGCUUCCAAAUCAGUACUUAACAGAGGUGGGCGAAAGGGGAGUCCAGUUAUCAGGAGGACAAAAGCAGAGAAUUGCCAUAGCAAGAGCCAUUCUUAAAAAUCCACCAAUUCUUUUGCUUGAUGAGGCUACAAGUGCACUAGAUUCAGAAUCAGAGAAGCUGGUUCAGGACGCCCUCGAUAGGGCUAUGCAAGGGAGGACGGUCAUCUUGAUUGCACACAGGCUGUCAACUAUUGUUAAUGCAGAUAUGAUAGUAGUUGUGGAGAAUGGACAAGUAACAGAGACGGGAACACACAGCAGCUUGCUAGAUACCAGCAAAUUUUAUAGCAACUUAUUUAGCAUGCAGAACCUCAGCACAGUUGGUGAUUCAAGGUUCAUAUACACUUAAAUACCGAUUUCUUCAGCAUAAUAUCCAAUAAACGAAAAACUUUUAACUGAUCCAACUUUAUUGAAUGACAGAAAUGCAGCUACUGAAGAACAAGCGAAUACCAAGCAACAAGUUGCACUAAAAGAAAAUGAACACCAAGAUAAACUUAAUGAUUUCAGCAUCCAUCUGAGCCAGUCUCCAAAGCAAGAGGAACAGAAAGACAGAACAAAGUCAGCUAUAUUUUUCAGAAUAUGGUUUGGCUUGCAAAAGAAAGAAAUUUUAAAAACUGCUAUAGGAUCCUUUGCAGCUGCUUUCUCUGGCAUCUCAAAGCCUGUUUUUGGAUUCUUCAUUAUAACUGUAGGAGUAGCAUACUACCAUAAAGAUGCAAAAAGGAAAGUUGGAUGGUAUUCCAUCAUCUUUGCUCUAAUAGGACUGCUGUCAUUGUUCACUCACACCUUGCAGCAUUACUUCUUUGGAGUGGUUGGAGAGAAGGCCAUGACAAACCUCAGACAAGCAUUAUAUUCAGGGAUACUGCGCAAUGAACUAGCAUGGUUUGAGAAACCUGAGAACAGUGUUGGUUCACUUACCUCACGGAUCAUUCAUGACACCUCCAUGGUCAAAAUGAUAAUUGCAGACCGCAUGUCUGUCAUUGUCCAAUGCGUUUCCUCCAUACUAAUUGCAACUAUUGUUAGCAUGGUUGUUAACUGGAGAAUGGGUUUGGUAGCUUGGGCAGUCAUGCCUUGCCAUUUCAUAGGUGGACUGAUUCAAGCCAAGUCUGCCAAAGGAUUUUCAGGUGAUUCUGCUGCAGCACAUUACCAAAUUGUUACACUUGCUUCUGAGUCUGCAGCCAAUAUAAGAACCAUAACAUCUUUUUGUCAUGAAGAGCACAUUCUUAGGAAAGCCAAAACAUCCCUGGAAAAACCAAUGAAGAAGAGCAGGAGAACGAGCAUUAAGUAUGGACUCAUUCAAGGUGUCUCCCUUUGUUUAUGGAAUAUUGCACAUGCUGUUGCUCUGUGGUACACUACACAUUUAGUCGCAGCACAUCAAGCAAGCUUCGAAGAUGGCAUAAGAUCGUACCAGAUUUUCUCUCUCACAGUACCUUCAAUCACAGAGUUAUGGACAUUGAUCCCCACUGUCAUUUCUGCCAUCAGCGUAUUAACUCCAGCAUUUGAAACCCUCGACAGGGAAACUGAAAUUGAACCAGAUUCACCCAAAUGUUCACACCUUGACAGGAUAAUGGGUAGAGUAGAAUUUCAGAAUGUUAAAUUUAACUACCCACUAAGGCCAGAUGUAACUGUUCUCAACAACUUCAGUUUACAAAUUGAAGCUGGAUUAAAGGUGGCCUUUGUCGGACCAAGCGGAGCUGGAAAAUCCUCAGUCUUGGCCCUUUUGCUUAGAUUCUACGAUCCCAGAGCAGGAAGGGUGCUAGUUGAUGGAAAGAACAUCAAAGAAUAUAAUCUGAAAAUGUUGAGGGGACAAAUUGGGUUGGUGCAACAGGAGCCACUUCUUUUUAGUUCUUCAAUUGGAGACAACAUUGCCUAUGGGAAUGAGGGGGCUUCUGAAGCAGAAAUUGUUAAGGUAUCGAGGGAAGCAAACAUUCACGAGUUUAUAAGUAAUUUGCCUGAUGGAUAUAAUACAAUUGUUGGAGAGAAGGGCUGCCAACUUUCAGGUGGACAGAAGCAACGCAUAGCGAUCGCUAGGACUCUAUUGAAGAAGCCAGCAAUCUUGCUCCUGGAUGAAGCAACAAGUGCCCUAGAUGCUGAGUCUGAAAGAUCUGUAGUAAGCGCCCUAGAAUCAAUAAAUAUGAACAGCUACGAGAGCUCCUUGUACAAAACAACACAGAUUACGGUUGCUCACAGGCUUUCCACAGUAAAAAACUCGGAUAUGAUAGUUGUCAUGGAUAAAGGUCAGAUUGUCGAGAUGGGUUCUCACUCAACCCUAAUAGCAGAGGCUGAAGGCAUAUAUUCUAGGUUAUACCAGCUUCAGAACUUGAGUUAG